AUGGCGGCGGCGGCGGCGCCGCUGCCCCCGGCGGUGCGGGCGCCCCCUGGCGGUGUGGCGGGGCGGGCGGCGGCGGCCGCCCCGGGGGUGUCCCGGGCCGAGGGGGCCGAGGGUCUGUUCGUGGUGCUGGGGGCGGGGCUUGCCGCCGCCAGUCACCCGCUGCUCUACGUCAAGCUGCUCGUCCAGGUCGGGCACGAGCCACUACCUCCGACCGUUGGAAGAAAUGUGCUGGGAAGGAAAGUCCUGUACCUGCCCGGCUUCUUCACCUACGCCAGACACAUUGUGGAAGUGGAUGGGAAAAGAGGCCUCUUCCGCGGGCUUACUCCUCGCCUCAUCUCAAGCACUUUAUCAACCAUCACCAGGGGGAGCGUGAAGAAGGCCUUUCCACUGGAGGACAUGGAGCAUGUUUCUAACAAGGAUGAUGUGAAGACCUCCCUUAGGAAAGUGGUGAAAGAGACAUCUCAUGAGAUGAUGAUGCAGUGUGUGUCCCGGGUUGUCUCACAUCCACUGCACGUGAUCUCUAUGCGCUGCAUGGUCCAGUUCGUAGGCCGGGAAGUCAAAUACAGUGGUGUGUUCAGUGCCAUUGGCAGGAUAUUUAAGGAAGAAGGGAUCCUGGGAUUCUUUGUCGGUUUGGUCCCUCACGUCCUGGGGGAUGUCAUCUUCCUCUGGUGCUGCAACCUCUUGGCUCACUUCAUCAACACCUACGCGGUGGACGAUAACUUCAGCCAGGCAUCGGUGAUCCGGAGCUACACAAAAUUUGUGAUGGGGAUCGCUGUGAGCAUGCUGACGUACCCGUUCCUUCUCGUGGGAGAUCUCAUGGCAGUGAACAACUGUGGGUUGCGUGCCGGCCUCCCUCCCUACGCUCCUGCAUUUACAUCCUGGAUCCAUUGCUGGAGGUACCUCAGUGCUCAGGGGCAGCUGUUCCGUGGCUCCAGCCUGCUCUUCCGCAGAGCGCCCAUGCCAGCCGCCUUCUUCCCCAUCGACUGACUCCUCGGCAGGGAGAGGUGAUGAACUUGGACUCCUCAAGAAACCCUAAGCUUGUUUUGAUAUAUGUGUAUUUUUUCUUUUCAAUCUGAAGUCCGUGGUGCCAGAACAAGACACCUCCUCUCCAGCAAGGCCAGCAACAAGUUGGCUAUUGGAGAUCUGGCUUCAGGCUCCAGCUGGACCAAAGCUCCAUCCUCAUGGCUGUCGCGGCCGGGACACGUAGCAGAGAGAGCAGAAGGGUGUUACCUUGUCUCAUUGGUCCAGGCUGUAGCUCUGGAGUCACUGGGAAAGUCCAGAAAAUGCCCAGGUACUAAAUGAACCAGCCCCAAGGUGCAGGGACAAACGACGGCUUCGUUCUGCUAGAGCUGAGAAGCAGCAAGAGAUCCAAGGUCGCUUUGCUGGUAAAGCUGCACCGAGUGAGCAGCCUCCUGCCUCAGCUCUUUUAGAGAGGGCAAAUAUUUGUGUGGCAGGUAGCUCAUCCUGGGCGAGAUCGACCCAUAUUUAAGGUUUUGAGGGUAGCUGAACACUAGAGAGCACACCACCUCCCAUGGGCGUGAAAGGGAAAUUACAGUAUCAGAACAGAAAAGGGGAACAAGAGUCCCACUACAAAGAACAACACAGCCCCAAAGAGACGGGUACAGCUGAGCUCGAGGGCAGUGCUGGGGCUGGGGGAGCGCACCCGGGGAGGGGUGUGAGCUGCAGGUGGUAACUGCUUUGGGAAGGAGUUUUGCAGCGGGACGGGCUGUAUUUAGGCUACAGCCAACAGAGCUGCUGGGUGUAACCUGCGCCGGCAGCCUGGACGCGUCUCUCCGUGGACUGGCCCACGCUGGGGUGCAGCGUGUCUCUGUGCCAGCACAGCCACUGCGUGAGCAUCUCCCAGCUGGCAGGACCACGCGCCCCGCCGGGCUCCGGCCGAACCCGAGCGUCACCGCUUCGCUGGUGGGCACAGGGCCGCGUGUCCUGCGGAGGGCUACACACAGAAGGGUUUGCCUUGCAGGAGGGGCACUGGGUCCGCUGCUGCCUGGAAUGAAGGAAAAAGCUGGCCAGAGGCUUGCGAGGGGUCGGCGGCAAGGGCUCCUGGUGCACACAGGAGCGUGGCUGGCUCUUGCGUAGCGGAGCUCACUGGUGGCAGCCGGGCAGGAUUUAUCCUCAGCUCCCCGGACAAGAGAGGGUUUUUUUUUUUUGCACCAGUCUGUGCUGUCACGGCAGCCAGGCAGAUUUUCCCCCUGUUUUGGUUCCCCUACAAAGCAGUCUUUUGCACAGAGGUGUUGGUGCACUCCCUGGGAAGAGGUUCUGGGGUCCUUGAGCGGGUUUCCGCGUGCUGCUGCAGCAGCAACAGGGCUCGCAGCUCAUCCUAGUCCUGUGGGGACCCCAACCUGCCAUCGCACAGGGGAUUUCCCUCCAUCAGACGGGUUUGAUCCACACCUCCCAGCCAGGGCGUGCAGGACAGCGUUAGUACAUGCUGGGACCAGCAGUCCCCACCCAGCUCCCUUCGGUGUCGUGAAGUCAGUCCUGUUUGUCGUCCCUUCCUUCUGUACAGUUUAUGUUACAGUAUCAGAAGUUAAAUAAUGCAUGGCCCCGUUCCCUAACAUCAGAGAUUAUUUCAGAGGAUUUAACUGUGCUCCAAAAUACAGCUAUAAGACAA